AGUUCUAACAGUCCCUCCUUGCCACCGCGGGCCGGUCGGCCUGCCUCCACCGACGGCCGACGGCAUGAUCUGGUUCGGGGAAUUCAAGCCGCGUGAAUCGAUUCCAAUCUCGUGUUGUUCGUCUUGGUGGAUCAGAUUGGCAAGCGAGGGCUUUUGAUCACUCGAGAUGUCGUCGUCGUCGUCGUCACCUCGGGCGCCGGGGGACAGGAAGCGCUGCCGACGCGCCUCGGGCCCUGUGCCUCGCUGGGCGUCGCUGCCCGAAGAUCUGGUGGACCUGGUGGCGUCGCGCUUGCUUGCCGGCGGCGACCUGCUGGACUACGUCCGCUUCCGAGCCGUCUGCACCAGCUGGCGGUCGGGCACCGCCUCCCCGCGCGGCCGCGGCGUCGCCGACCGGCGCUUCCACCCGCGCCGCUGGAUGAUGCUCCCGGAGGGCCACGGCCUCUACCCGGGCCACCCGAGCCUGCGUGGGUACGCCCGAUUCCUCAACCUCGACACGGGGACCCUGGUCCGCGCCCGGAUCCCGCUCCUCCGCGAUGGCUACGUCGCCAUCGACUCCGUCGACGGCCUCCUCCUGCUGCUGCUGGACCCCGACCCGAACCAGGAGGGCGCCGUUCGCCUCCUCCACCCUUUCACCGGCGACACCGCCGAGCUCCCGCCGCUCGGGACGGUCCUCCCGCAUCUCGGCUCACGGCUGCUGGAUUGCCCCGCGCCGUACAGGAUCAGGAGCCUCGCGAGGGUCGUCUGCGCUUCUGUCUCCUGCAGCGCCACUGGAGCUGGAGCUGGAGCCAUCACCGUCUUGCUUGCACUCUCCGUGGUGUCUCGUGUAGCCUUCGCUACUUCCCUGGACCGGCAAUGGAGCCUGUCGACCUACGAAUGCGUGAUACUCUCUUCACCGAUCGCAUCCCAUGGCAAGAUAUACCUGAUGCACACAGACAGAUCAUGUGGCGAGAAGAUGCACCAGAUUCUCCGGAUUGAUCACCCACCUGCAGCAGCGCAGGAUGGGUCGGGCUCGGGCGCAGGUCGUGCUCUACAAGAGCCAAAGCUGGUUGCCACAAUCCCUGCACGCAAGCUCGACCAUUUUCAAGGUCUGGUAGAAUGUGGUUCAGAGAUCCUGGUGCUUGGUUACAAGAACUGGUCUACGUCGCGGAUUUCAGUUUUCAAACUUGCGGACCUUGUGCUGCAAAGGUUUAUGCCAAUAAAAAGCAUCGGGGGCCAUACCCUGUUCAUUGGAGAAAGGAACAUAAGUGUCUCUUCUAAGAUACUGCCUACAGUCAAGGGUGACAAUCUUGUCUACCUUAAUUCAGGACUUGUGAAAUACCACCUCAGUAGUGGCAGCUUGUCACUGGCAAUUGAUAAUUGCAGCCUGUAUGGCCGUGCACCGGGACCUAGUAGCCUCGUCCACUAUAUCUACAGCUGCUGCAUUCGUAAUCGGUGGAGCAGAGGACUAAUAUGCAGAAAGGAUGCACCAGAGUGGUUAGUGCAAGAUUGAAGACUAGUUCAAUAAUGAGGCUAGUCCUUCCUCCCUUGUUUUCUGUACCAAUACGUGAUGCACCGGUCUUGAGCUAGAAUUUUGCUGAUAAUCUUUUUUGGAUCUUGCGGUUAUAGAUACUUUACAUGCCAGAUCUUCUGCUACUCACAAGCUAUGUUUUGUAUACUGAUGAGUAAGCUGAUUGCGAUAAUGAUUGACAAGAUGAA